AGGAGAGAGCAGUCUUUUCCACACACAGCAGAUGGAGUCGUAUAGACGCCUAUGACUUUCCCCAUAACUGGAGAAGAAGACCGGAAAUUGUGUCAUGUAAAGAUGGCGGCGUUGGUUACUCCUCGCCUUGCCAAACUUGGCUCCUUUUCACUAAGACCCUUUUCUUCGGUUGCUGCCCAGAAAACAGUUGUGUUCAAGAACACAAAGGAUGAAGAAGCUAAGAGCCUGGUUACAUUCAGACAGAAAAGUACUGCUGUGGCAUCAAAGCCCACCUCAGCAGCCAGCAGCAAAGGUGAAUAUGUCAUCACCAAGCUUGAUGACCUGGUGAACUGGGCACGCAGAAGCUCCUUGUGGCCCAUGACCUUCGGCUUAGCGUGUUGCGCUGUGGAGAUGAUGCACAUGGCAGCACCUCGCUACGACAUGGAUCGCUUUGGAGUUGUGUUCCGAGCCAGUCCAAGACAAGCUGACGUCAUGAUCGUCGCUGGUACACUCACCAACAAGAUGGCUCCUGCUUUACGCAAGGUUUACGAUCAGAUGCCUGAGCCCAGAUAUGUCAUUUCAAUGGGAAGUUGUGCUAAUGGUGGAGGAUACUAUCACUAUUCUUACUCAGUGGUCAGAGGCUGUGACAGAAUUGUCCCUGUGGACAUUUAUGUUCCAGGCUGUCCGCCAACUGCCGAGGCUCUGCUUUAUGGAACUCUGCAGUUACAGAGGAAAAUUAAACGGGAAAAGAAAAUGAGAAUUUGGUAUCGCAAAUGAGAUGUGGUUUCAGAGGUGAUCUGUUGUAAAUGUUCUAUUUAAUGGUGGAAAAUUGUUGUACUUGGAAACAGUAAGGAGCUGCUUGUGGUUCAGCUCAAUCUCUUCCUCUUUACACUUCCAAUAAAGGACUAUCAAUUGUA